AUGCAUCGGCCGGAGCUAUUCUCAUUUCUGCUGCCUCUGCUGGCCACGUCGGUUUACGGCGCAGAGAACCUCGACUGCUCGAAUAUCCGGGUAGAUGGCCAGAAGUUUGACCUGUCCAAGCUCAAAGGCGCGCACUCGGUUGUCACGACCCGCUUCGAGCCAAGCACUAUGGAGCACUACAACACAACAUACACAUUGGACGUGUGCGGACCUCUAGAGAAGAAGGGAGCAAACAAGUGCCCCAACGGCACGAGAGUGUGCGCCGUCACUCACCUUCUCAGCAACGACACCAAAGGCGAGUCUGAUACGGUCACAAAGGUGGUAGCCAUAGCGGGUAACCUCGAGAACGCCGGCGGCUCCCGAUUUGAAGUGACUCCCACAAGACUCAAGACGAGCGACUCGAAUUCCGAUAGACAAAAGGAGGGCCUUCGGCUGGUCCUCGGUGGUGGAAAGUAUCCCCUUAAAGGCAGUGGCGCCCCGCCAGAGGAGAUAACGGAUCAAAAGGCCAUUAUCGAGUUCCUCUGCGACCCGGACAAGGAGGGCACAGAAGGAGAAUGGGUCUGGGGGGAGGGAAGCGGCAAGCUCAAGGCCCGAGACGAUGAGAAGAAGGAGGGCGAUGACAAGGAGAAGGAGGGCGAUAAAGACGGUGAUAAGGGCGGCGAGGAGUCUACGAUUGAGCACCAGCUCAAGCACGACAAUGCCACCCUCAUCUGGGACGGCUAUGAGGAGGAGAAGAACGUUGGUGUCCUGCGCCUGACGUGGCACACCAAGUAUGCCUGCGAGAGCCAAUCUGAAGGUGGUGAUGGUAACAGCAGCUCCCACUGGGGCUUCUUUACCUGGUUCAUCAUUAUCGCCUUCCUGGGCAUCGCCGGCUACCUCAUCUUUGCCUCGUGGAUCAACUUUACCCGCUACGGCGCCCGAGGCUGGGAUCUCCUCCCCCACAGCGACACCAUCCGCGACAUCCCCUACCUACUCAAGGACUGGAUCCGUCGGGUCCUCAACACCGUGCAGGGAACCGGCAGUCGAGGCGGAUACAGCGCGGUAUAA